CAAACUUUACUUGCUCAUAGGUCGUCAUCGUUUUUACGUUUCCUUCCUCAUCAUCCGAACUCAACACACAGAAAGAGAGAGAAAUCUGUGGAAAUUUCACAGAUCUUCUUCGAUCAAAGAAGAAGAAGAAGAAGCAGACGAAAAAGAAUCAAAAGGAGAUGUUGCCCACAGUCUCGAAAGGGCGCUCGCAGUCCUCUUCAUCUCGAGCUAACCCCAUGUUCCCUCAGUACCUCCGUCGAAUUGUCAAGUGGCAACAAAUGGAUAUUGAAUAUACCUUUUGGCAAAUGCUUCACCUAUGCACCUCACCAAAAGUUGUCUAUCAGCACACCAAGUAUCACAAGCAAACUAAGAAUCAAUGGGCACGUGAUGAUCCUGCUUUUGUUGUGAUCUGCAGCUUUCUGUUGACAGUUGCAACAUUGGCUUAUUGUGCUGCGUAUGACCAUAGUGCUGCACAUGCUGUUUAUGUUGUUAUCUCAGUAUUGCUUUUCCAUUUUUUAGUAACUGGAGUAGUUCUGGCUACAUGUUGUUGGUUCCUGACUAAUUCUUACCUUCGUGAAGAGGCUCCCAACAGUCAUGUGGUUGAGCAACGGGUUGAAUGGCUGUACGCUUUUGAUGUUCAUUGCAACUCUUUCUUCCCAAUGUUUGUUUUGCUUUAUGUGAUACAUUACUUUCUGUCACCUCUUUUGGUUGCCCAUGGCUUCAUUCCUAUAUUGCUAUCAAACCUGCUUUACAUGGUGGCUGGUUCCUACUACCAUUAUCUCAACUUUUUAGGUUAUGAUGUAUUGCCUUUUCUGGAGAGGACCACUUUCUUCCUAUAUCCCAUUGGUGCUGUCAUUGUCCUUUCUCCUAUUUUGAUUUUGAGCGGCUUCAAUCCUUCAAGAUAUUUAAUGAACAUGUACUUUAGUCAACGAUUAUGAUUCCAAAAGGCUAACGGUUCAGGUAGCAUAUAUAAUGGGGUUUGGGGGCUAGUUCAGGGACUGCAUAAACAUGAGGAGGCAUUGACGACAGUUUUGAUUGUUUCUCAUGAAUGUGAAAGGAAAAGCACAACGCCGCAUGAAACAACUUUUGGUGCUUUCUUUUUGGGCAUCUUACUACUACAAAAUGGAAGUUGGAUUAGGUCAAGUCAGGGCAGCAAAGUGUAUAUUUAGUGAUUGGGAAUAUUGAUCAAGGGGAUCUGUUGAAUGUAUUGAUUUUUUUGUUUAACCUUCUUGUCACAUCUGUGUUUUCAUUAAUAUAUAUUUGGAAAACUCAAA